UAAUCCCGCUCGCUCUGUGUAGUCCUUGCUGAUAGCUCCCGCCAACAAAUUCAGUGAAAUCACAAUGUCUUCGAUUCUAAGAGCUCUUCCAUUUAUCUUACAACAGUCCAGGUCAUUCACCUCCGUAUCCUUGCCGUUCUGUCGUAAAUUUCGGAAAUGCGAACCAUUAAGGCUGUUCAAGAGGAGAAUUUCCAUCGUUUCUGCUGAUUCUCAUUCGAAGGAAACCUUAGUUGCCGAUCCCAAACCUGUUAUCCCUGUCAAGGAAACUCUCGAGUGGGUUAGCAGGACCAGGCUUUGUAGUGAUUUAUCUGUCGACGACGUCGGUAAACGCGUUCGCCUCUGCGGUUGGGUCGCGCUUCAUAGAAUUCACGGAGGUGUUACUUUUCUAAAUCUCAGAGAUCAUACGGGAAUCGUUCAGGUUACUACUCUUCCCAAUCAGUUUCCUGAUGCCCAUUCCAUCGUGAAUGAAUUGAGACUUGAGUAUGUAGUUGCUGUUGAAGGUAUCAUUCGUUCUCGACCGAGUGAGUCUGUCAAUAAGAAUAUGAAGACUGGCAUGAUAGAGGUCACUGCAGAGCAUGUUCAAGUAUUAAACUCCGUCAGAUCUAAGCUGCCCUUCCUGGUUACCACUGCGGUUGAUGCAAAGGAGUUCCCCAAGGAGGAGAUUCGUUUGAGACAUCGAUUCCUUGAUUUACGACGGCCACAGAUGCAUUCCAACCUAACGUUGCGGCAUAACGUUGUCAAGCUCAUCCGACGAUACCUAGAGGAUGUACAUGGUUUUAUUGAGAUUGAGACUCCAAUACUCUCUAGAUCUACCCCAGAAGGUGCUCGAGAUUAUCUUGUACCUUCACGAGUUCAGCCAGGAACAUUCUAUGCUUUACCACAAAGUCCACAAUUGUUCAAGCAAAUGCUAAUGGUCUCUGCAUUUGACAAGUAUUAUCAAAUAGCAAGAUGUUUUCGAGAUGAAGACCUGAGAGCAGAUAGACAACCUGAGUUCACACAGCUAGAUAUGGAAUUGGCUUUCACUCCUUUGGAAGACAUGCUAAGGCUUAAUGAAAAUUUAAUUAGAUUGAUAUUCCAAGAGAUCAGAGGUAUCCAUCUUCCAAAUCCCUUUCCAAGGUUGACAUAUGCUGAAGCAAUGAGUCGAUAUGGAUCAGACAAGCCGGAUCUCCGUUUUGAUCUUGAAUUGAAAGAUGUGUCCAAUGUUUUUUCAGAAUCCACUUUCAAGGUUUUCACUGAUGCCUUGGCAAGUGGUGGCAUAGUCAAAGCAUUAUGUAUACCUGCAGGUGCAAAAAGGUAUUCAAACACGGCUCUUAAGAAGGGUGACAUUUACAAUGAAACAAUCAAAUCUGGAGCCAAGGGUUUGCCUUUCCUCAAGGUCUUGGACAAUGGGGAGAUUGAUGGGAUUCCUGCUUUAGCGUCAAGUUUGGAUCCAAUAAAUAGAGAGCUUCUUCUGAGACUGUGUUCUGCGAGAGCGGGAGAUCUUAUCUUGUUUUCUGUGGGUCAUCAUACAUCAGUUAAUAAGACUCUAGACCGGCUUAGAGUUUUCAUAGCACAAGAUCUGGGUUUGAUCGACCAUUCAGCACACUCAAUUCUUUGGAUAACUGACUUUCCAAUGUUUGAGUGGAACAUUUCUGAGCAGAGGCUUGAGGCCUUGCAUCAUCCUUUCACUGCACCAAAUCCGGAGGACAUGGAUGACCUUUCCACUGCUCGUGCUUUGGCUUAUGACAUGGUCUAUAAUGGAGUUGAGAUUGGUGGAGGAAGUCUGAGAAUUUACAAGCGUGAGGUCCAGGAAAAGGUUUUAGAAAUUGUUGGUAUCACCCCAAAGCAGGCUGAAGAAAAUUUUGGUUAUCUUCUCGAGGCUUUGGACAUGGGAGCUCCUCCACAUGGGGGAAUUGCUUAUGGGUUGGAUCGGUUGGUGAUGCUGUUGACGGGUGCUAAUUCCAUCCGAGAUGUUAUUGCCUUCCCAAAGACCACAGCUGCCCAGUGUGCCCUCACUCGUAGCCCUUCAGAGGUUGAUCCCCAGCAACUUAAAGACCUCUCACUUUCUACACAAUAGAUAUUCUUUCCCCUUCAGCAAAUAGAUGCU